AUGACGGACACCGUUGAUGUCGCGAUCAUAGGCGCAGGUUGGAGUGGUCUUGCUGCAGCGAAGACAUACAUCAAGGUCCACCCAGGGAGCAAUGUUAUCAUUCUGGAGUCUGCAUCGUCUGUGGGCGGUGUGUGGGCUAAGGAACGUCUAUACUACGGACUGAAGUCCAAUAAUAUGCUGGGAACGUACGAGUACAGCGACUUCCCAAUGGAUUCGGAUAUAUUCGGGGUCAAACCUGGCCAGCAUAUCCCAGGCGAUAUCCUCCAACACUACUUCGAAAAGUAUGCCGAGCAUUUUCAGAUUCUCGGUAGAAUCCGUUUAAAUUCAAAAGUCGAGACCGCAGAGCAGAAACUCGAUGGCGGAUGGCGGCUCAUUGUGACCGAGCGCAAUGGUAAUGAGCCAAGAACCAAGAUCAUUGAGCCUUCCAAACUGAUUAUGGCCACCGGGUUGACCUCUGAGCCAUUUCUACCGACCUUUAGCGGACAGGAUACCUUCGGUGCACCAUUAUUCCACUCCCGUCAUUUCUUGGAUUAUGAGCCGGACGUGCUACAAUCGGAAAAGCACGUAACCGUAUUUGGAGGUACGAAGUCCGCCUGGGAUGUUGCAUAUGCUUGCGCUAGUUCGGGCGUACAGGUUGACUGGGUCAUCAGAGAAUCCGGACAUGGGCCAACAUGGAUGGUUCCCCCUUACGUGACACCGUUGAAGAAGUGGCUGGAAAAGCUAGUUACCACGCGGUUCCUGACAUUCUUCAGUCCUUGCGUCUGGGGAGAGGCUGACGGAUUUCUCCGUACCCGUAAGUUGCUCCAUGGAACUUGGCUUGGUCGAAAGAUAGUAGACAUUUUCUGGUCUGUCCUUGGUAACGACGUGAUUACCAUGAACGGGUAUGAUAAUCAUCCCGAGACGAAGAAACUCAAGCCAUGGAUCAGCCCCUUUUGGAUUGCAAGUGGACUCAGUAUACUGAACUACCCAAAAGAUAUCUUCGAGUAUGUCAGGAAUGGCCAGAUCCGAGUUCAUAUUGCAGAUAUCACUCAUCUGGAACCUGGACAGGUGCAUCUGUCUACGGGUGAUGUGCUAUCAACAAAUGCUCUGGUCUGUGCUACCGGCUGGAGAGCCACGCCAAAUAUCAAAUUCCUACCCGAGGGCAUUGAGCGGGAGCUUGGAUUUCCAUGGAGCGACGACACAAUUGAUGACAAUAUCGUGAAGAAGGCUGACGCAGAGAUCCUUGAUCGUUUCCCGCGUCUCAGGGACCAGCCUGUCCCUAAUCCAAAUUACAAGCCGUUAGCAGAGGAUGCAGAAGCCUGUGUUCCGCAUCCCUACCGGCUAGCUCGUUUCAUGGUUCCUCCGUCGAUGUUCGAAAAGCGAUCAAUUGCGUUCCUGGGGAUUCCCAUGACGAUCAACACAGCUCUCGUCGCGCAGACACAAGCACUGUGGGCGGUUGCUUACUUGGGCGGUGAUCUGACCCUUUCUCCGUUGGAAAGCAACUCGUCGGGUCCGACCAAGUAUGAAAAGAUUGAUGACACCAAAGACUCCGCUGAAGCCAUAGACUGGGAAACAGCACUGCACACCGAAUUUGGAAAGUUCCGGUACCCUGGUGGCUUUGGAAAGCGUAACCCCGACUUUGUCUUCGACGCGCUUCCGUACAUUGACAUGCUCCUGGGUGACUUGGGUCUCCGCGUGCACAGGAAAUCAAAUCUCCUGAGCGAAUGUUUUGAGCCCUAUGGCCCCGCUGAUUAUCGUGGGCUCAUUGACGAAUGGAAAGCGAAACACGUGUAA